AUGGCUCAACCAGGAGGACACUGGCACCCCAAUCCACAACUCAUGCAGCAACAACCCAUCCCACAGGGUUGGCAAGGCACCUGGCCCCCACCAGCUGGCGUCGCUCUUCCUCCAAACUUUCCUGGUCCGCCACCCAUGCCGCCUGGCGCCAACACUCACCCACAUUGGAAAGCUGGCUUUUGGCAGUAUAACCCUGCCUACAACAUGAAUGGUGCAGGUCCCGGUGUUCACUGGGCACCCGGCAUGGGGUGGGCUCAAAAUGUCCCUGCUAACUUUAAUCCUUACAAGCGCGUCCCCCGUCCUGCAAGCCCGAGCUAUUGGAGGACACAGCUCUCCGAAAAUGGUCUUGGUUUGGAGAAUAUGGUCCCUGCAAGAACAGAUCGUGAUCGAGAAUCUACAAGGGAUGUACAAGGCGAUACCGCACCACAAACUCCGUGGAUAUGGAAUCCUCCGAGUCUGUUGUCGACCGAGGGAACAGACCGGGCUACCCCGACGAGAGACUUCAACAAUCGUCGCAGCUCGCAAGAUAGUAUUCGGAGUAAUUUGACCCCGACCAGUUAUGGGCCAUCACAAAGAGGUUCGCAGGACAGCCAUAACACUACAAGCACAAGCACACCUAUGCGAGACUAUUUUUACAGUCAUCCGUCUUCGAGACAUGGUUCCGUAGACAGCCUCGGGUCCCGCUCACAGGGGGGCUUGAGCCAACAUUCCAUCUCUUCAGCAACCCCGCCACCACCAUCGUCCCACGGUCGUAUAAAUUCGAUUUAUUCAAGUCGGUCAUCAUCGACCGGACCACAAUACGUACCCCCUUUUCCAGCACCGCCAUCUUCAUCUUCGUCUACAACAGCAGCCAUGUCGUCAUCAGCAACCCGCGUACAACAGCCUCUUCAGGCACCCGUGUUCACGAGAGAGCCAGAGUCAUUUAUGACUAGGUCAGACUUUCAAACGACAUCUUCAUCCAAUGCUGUGCGGACCCCUACACGCUAUCCAGCACGUAGACAUACCGAUGAGACUCUCGACCAUCUAUCACGCUCCUUUUCAGCUCCUCAAGCGAGUGCGAGCACUGCUUCCCGUGGCCUUUCAGUUCCGGAACCCCUUUCGCGGCAUCAUUCACUCCCAACCACGACAUCACCGUCCUCUAUGGGUUCGCUGUCCACGUUUACGGAGGAUAUGAGUAGUGUACUGAGCCCCCUCAUUAACUCUGUACAAAGAUCUGUUGCUCCUCAUUCAUUGUCACGGAGUAGGACAGAGCCUGUAAUUCCUCAGGCCCAUUUAUCGACCAUUCCAGAGUCCAUGCCGUCGUCUAGCCAUGAGAGCUCAGAAGACUACUUUCAUCCUCUAUCUGCACCUCCAGAUUCAGACGAGGAAUCGCCAGAAUCCUCACCUUUGCGUAAUCGUGUCCGUACGCGAGAGAUUGAACGUGAACGGGAGAGAGACCGCGAGCGACGCAGAGAAAGAAGCCGAUCGUACGAAAGAGCGAAUCAUCUGACGCCAUACAACAAUAGUUCGCGGUCCUCGAAUCCUCUCCCCCCACCGCCGAUGGAGCGCCCUAACCCAGUUGCGUCUGCACCGCCUCCUCAGUCCCCAGAGCCUGCGCACUAUACGCGACGCACACGCAAGGGGUUCUGGAACCGACGUGGGGACUACCUCACGGCGAAUUCGUAUGUCGUGUAUGCACCAGUGAACAGGGCGUAUCCUCCGGAGUUGCAGCAUUAUCCCAGCGAGACGGAAGGAUAUAGAGAUCAGUAUGGUGUCUUUGUGCCGUAUUUGGCGGAGAGGCCAGAGUUACCUGCGAGUUUACCAUAUCAUGGACGGCCUCCAGCGCAGCCGUAUGAUAGCUUUGUUGUCUACAGUUAUCAUUGA